AGAGCGGACUUGUUACACAGUGACACCCAGCUGGUAGGAGGAGCGCUUUGGGGCAGGUCAGGCAGGCAGGCGGGCCCACAGUAUGAGGAGAGAAGAGGUGGAGAAUUACAUAAGUUCCUUUCAAACAGCGAUCUUGUGAUUUCCAGAUAAUUGUUAGUCUGAGUCAGUUGUUGAACGGCAGUAACCACAAAGAUGGGGAACCGAGUCGCCCGCGAAGACUACGAAUGGGUUUACACGGACCAGCCGCAUGCCGACAGGAGAAAAGAGAUUCUGGCCAAAUAUCCAGAAAUCAAGUCACUGAUGGGCCCCGACCCAAAGCUAAAAUGGAUUGUGUGCAUGAUGGUGGCAAUACAGUUUCUAGCUUUCUAUCUGGUCAAAGACUUGGACUGGAAAUGGGUUUUGUUUUGGACUUACGCAUUUGGCAGCUGUAUCAACCACUCAAUGACCCUUGCUAUUCAUGAGAUUUCCCACAACACAGCCUUUGGAAACAAUAAAGCCAUGUGGAACCGCUACUUCGCCAUGUUUGCCAACCUGCCCAUCGGCCUGCCCUACUCUGCCUCGUUCAAACGCUAUCACCUCGACCACCACCGUUACCUCGGUGGAGAUGGCGUCGACGUCGACAUCCCCACUGAGUUUGAAGGAUGGUUCUUCUGCACACGCUUCCGCAAAUUCAUCUGGAUUAUUCUGCAGCCGCUCUUCUAUGCUAUCCGGCCCCUCUGCAUCAACCCCAAGCCCAUCAGCCAGCUGGAGGUGACCAACGUGACCUUCCAGCUUGCCUUUGACAUCCUGCUCUACUGGGUGUGGGGGGCCAAGCCUGUGGUCUACAUGCUGGCUGGCUCCAUGCUGGGGAUGGGCUUGCAUCCCAUCUCCGGCCACUUCAUAGCCGAGCACUAUAUGUUCCUCAAGGGUCACGAGACCUACUCUUACUACGGCUCCCUCAACCUGCUCACAUUCAACGUGGGCUACCAUAACGAGCACCAUGACUUUCCCAGCAUCCCAGGACGAAGGCUGCCCAUGGUGAAGAAAAUUGCAGCGGAGUAUUACGAUGACCUGCCUCAGUACACAUCCUGGGUACAGGUCCUGUAUGACUUCAUCAUGGACGAUGCACUGAGCCCGUACUCUCGUAUCAAGAGGAGGCUGAAGGGCGACGUCAAACAGGAGUAGCUUCACUGGAACAAAGCUGCAGCAUCCACCAAGCCGCAGCCGUCAUUCUUAAAACUUAACAGCUUCUGCAUAAUAUUUUCAGGGUGGCAUCAGGGUGGAGAUUGUUGUGCUUGAAUUUGAAAAUGUUACUGUUCCUGAGCUGGCACAGAAAAUGUUUGUCAGUUACUUGUUGUCAGGACAGGUAAUGUUGGAUUAAAAAACAAUUAUUUUGAGUUUGUUAGGGUCAUUACAUGCAAUAUGUUGGGCUGGCUGCACAAAGAGUUUGGCUUUGAUCAAACAAAAUUAUUCAGCUUACAGUGAGACAUUUUAUUUACUGUUCAUUGUGAAUGAAGAAAGGUUAUUCAGUGGAUUACCAUAAGAUUUGGUACAACCACUCAAGUUUCCUUCAGGAUGAAUCUUAAUCACUUUGGUGAUCUUCCGACUUUCAGUUUGUUACAUUUCAUUUUGUCCACACCUGCUUUGUGCUCAGGGCUUUCUAGCUGCUGUGCUCAUGUGAACUGAACGAUGAGUGCUCUUUAUGCAUCGUCUGUUUUCACCGUCCCUGACGUUAAUGUCGGCACACUGAUCAGUAAUGACUAAAACAGCCAAGAAUGUGAAACAGCAUUCAAAUGUUAACAGACAGCUGAAAGAUACUAUGCUUCUACAACGCUUCAGGUGUAGUUACCUCACUUGUACUAACCAUGGUAAGAGGCUAAAAAGAUGGCAGCCAUGGUAAAUAUGUCAGUAUGCUAAUGUUACAUGAUGAUGCUGCCUCUAUACAACUACACAGGCCGCUAGCAUUGCAGUACACUCUGAAUUCUUGAUAUGAACACAAAAGCGUAUUCUUUGUGAUCCAUCCGUGAUCAGUCUACUUUGUUCUCAAAAUGUCACUGACUGUAGUUGUGUUUUUCUUCCUCUGGCAAUGUUACAUAUCGAGUGUCUUCCGCUUUAAGCUACUUGGCAGAGCUCAUCAGAAAAUGUGUGCCUUGUUUCAAAAUUUAACAGCAACAAGGACAUUUUCCCAAAAAAACUUCAUGACUUGGAGGUGGAACAACAGUUCAGUGUCAGUGGAGCCUAAAAACUGGUUUCCUUCUCAUUGCUCACUGCAUAACAGUGGUAAGCCGCUAAUAGAGGCAAUAAAUGCAAGAUUCAUUGUAGACCAGUCUAAGUCUUUGUGCGGCCAGCCCCAGAAAGGAUCAAGAGACACACCAAAACCAAAAAUAGGAAGGAGAGGGGAGAGGGAGAAUGUGUAUUUGUUGAAGUGGACCAAAGUUGAACUCUUGAUCUUUCUAUGUGAUCUUGUUGGUUGCGUCUGUUGCAGGAUGCCGUCUUGUGAGAUCUGAGCGUUGUACUGUGAAGCAAGACUUGAGUUUGCAAUGUUGUGCCUAUAAUCAAAGUUUUUGGUGUCCUGAAUGUGGCUGACUUAACCUCCUAGAUCACCAUGGCAACUAAUGCCGUGGAUCUAAACUGAUCCGGAGCAGGCUGUGUUCACAAAUUAGAUUUAAAUCAGCUGCUGAAGUGCCUCCCUUUCACUGGCUGCUUUCCCAAUGAUUCUCUACAGGUUAUAUCUGCAAACAGGCUGAGAUGUAUGUUACAUAAACCACAGACUGAAGCUGUACAGUUACAGUAUCACACACUAUACCUUCAUGCAUUUGGUUGGUGAUACAGAAAAAGCUUAAAUAUGUCUUUAUGAAAGUGUGCUUUGUUUGAUCCCGACUUGCUCAGUCCAAUUACACCGUUGAGACUGUAGCCAAUAGAACACAGAGUUAAAAAUGGAUUAUUCUAUUGAUAUUUAUUACAGAGAAUGUUCAAUCAAUAACAUUAAUUUCACUUUCAUUUGACCAAAAAUUAAAUGGAUUCUUAGACCUUAAUGCUUGUCAAAAAGGCAUCAUGGGGUUUAAGGGUUUAGCAGCUCUAAUGUGCAGCUCUCAUGUUACAAAAAAGCGUAAGCAUUGAUUGGUGAAAAAUAUCAGCAUGCGAUUAACACUUUUCUACAGGCCUUCCUCUCUAGUGUCAUUUCCAGGAAGAGUGCUUUAGGUCGCUUUACAUUCUAAAAAAACCUGUAGAGUGAAGUAAGUGGCAACCCAUCCGUCCAUUUUGCACAAAAGAAAAGCCCCAAUUCGUUGUCAAUGCCUCUUUUAUAUGGGAGCACACAGAGUUUAAAGCAGAAAGCCUGAGUUAACAAAAAACUACCGUCUUGAUAGCUGUUAUCUCUGAAUGCAGUUUUAGUUUUUGCUGAGCGAGCUCGCACACUGAAGUCUGAUAAACUUGCUCUGUGGUACACCUCAGAUCUGCUUGACAUCGUGUGUUUGUGGAAAGACUUGGUUACCUUACAUGUUACACUUAACAUAUAAAACAUGUUACAUACCAAACUUAAUAUUUUCUGACCUUAUGACACUUUUCCCCCCACAUUCUCUACUUUUGAACAUGCAGCAUUUAGUGUAGAGUGCUUUAUACAACCUGUAACUGUUGAGGUUGAGCUUUCUGUUACUCAUGUCACUUACCAUUUAUUUUCAGUUUGUGAUCUUAAUUUAAGUUUUAUGAAUUUACUCACUUUGGAAAAACUGUAUGUCCAAAACUGAACAAGUGAUUAAUGUUAAAAACCUUUGAGCUUUA